CUUCUUCAAGGCUGCAGCUCUCAAGAUGAGCGCUGCUACGCAUCUCCCUGCUGUUGCUGCCUGUGGCCAAGCACUUACCUCAACCCCCAAGUCUCGUGUGCUUGUGCACAAGUAGCGCGUUACUCGCGAGAUCCUCGAGGCUGUGACAUGCAAACUCACUUCAACUCGUGCGUGCCUCGACAGCACCAGCGCCAACCUCACAGACUCCCACGCUGAGGCGGCUAUUCUACACCAUGAACUUGCCAUGGCCUGCACCCAGCUCACUGAUGCUCACUCUGAGCUCGAUUUGUUCCGUGCUGAAGUGGCUUCUCUGCGUGGCAAGCUUGCUUCUUCCAACGCCAAGGUGGAGGUUCUCCAAAGCGACCUGACCUUUUCCCAUGCCAACGAGAAUAUUCUACAUAACGAGCUUGCCUCCUCCCGCGCCAUGGUUGAUGCUAAGAGUCGCGAAAACACCAUUGCGCUUCGCAUGGCAGCUGCCGCUGGCUCUCUUUUUCUUUUGACCUGCACAAGGUUGACCACUCUGCGCGGCACUCUUUCAUUGUCUCGCAAUGAGGCUGUGCAUUUUCGUGCGCGCCUUGAAUUGUCAACUGACAAUGCAAACAAUAUCCUCGAGAUGGUUACUUCCACUCGUACCAAAGUGGUUGGCCUGCGCAAUAAGCGUUCUUCAAAAGACUUAAUGAUCAGCACUCUGCGGGACAAUAUGGACAUAGCUUAUGCACAGGCCAACGCCACUCACAGCAAGGCCGAUAUGUCCUACAACAUAAUUGAAACUCCGCCGUGAACUGAACUUGAUGAAAAACGAGGCGGACAAUAUGCAGACCGACUUUGCCACACCCGGCUUUACGAUUGACACCUUACAGAACAAUCUCAAAUAUUAUCAUACCAAAGCAGCCACUUUAAAGCGCAAUCUCGAAUCUACACGU